AUGCCGACCCGAUGCCGACCCGAUGCCGACCCGAUGCCGACCCGAUGCCGUGCCCAAGCCGACGCCGGCCCUGACGCCGGCCGCAAGCCCGAGCCCCCACCCGGCGCCGCCCUCUCCGUUCCGCGCCUCGUCACGGCGCGAGAUCUCGACGACACAAGCCUCUUCUACAACCGCCACCGGUCCUCGGUCGCGCCCCUCUCCGCCGCCGGCCGCGCGCGCCUCGACUGGCGCAACCUGUGGUUCCUGCUGGCGCAGACGUGCACCAUGGGCCUGCUGCGCGACGUCGCCAUGGGCCAGGACCAGUUCAACGGCCUCUUUGUCGUCUUCUACGUCGGCUACUUGUGCGCCCUGUGGCCCGGCGCCGCCGUCGCCCAGCGCGUGGGCCACAAGCCCUUCAUCACUGGCUCGCUCUUGCUCUGGGCAUUGCUGCUUGGCUUGCAUCCCCUUGCACGCACGUCCGGCCACAUGGUGGCUCUCCGCUUCCUGCUGGGAAUGACGGAGUCGCAAAUCGUGCCCUCAACCGCCGUACUCCACCAGGCCUUCUUCCCCCCAAAGAAGAGCCCCUGGGUGCAGCUGCUGUGGUGGGCCGCGGGGAGCUUCGCCAACGUCCUGCUCACCAUGGUCGCCUACAGGCUCAUCCAGGACGACGCCCACGCGGGGCUGGUCGGCGGCCUCAGGUCGUGGAAGUGGCUGCACAUCAUCUGCGCCAUCCUCACCCUCGUCGUCGCCAUUGUGCUCAUCGUCUUCCUGCCCAACUCGCCCGUGGAUGCCAAGUGGCUGUCGACCGAGGACAAGGUGCACACUAUUGCCUUGACCCGCGAGGCCCAUACCGGCAUCUCCAACUCGACCUUCAAGUGGUCGCAGGUCAAGGAAUGCUUCCUCGACUUGAAAAGCUGGCUUUUUAUCGUCCACAUGUUCUUCAACGAGCUGCCCAACAACACGUCGCAACAGCUGCCGCUCAUCCUGGUCGGCUUCGGCUUCACCCCGGCGCAAAGCGCCCUGCUCAACGUGGCCAAGCCGCUCUGGGGCUGUUUCUUCAUCCUCGUCUCGGCAGCGAUGCUCUACGGCACGGAGAUAGGCGUGGGCUACACCUGUGUCAUCUCCUACACCCCCUGUUUUGUUGGCGGCAUCAUAAUGAUGGCCGCUCCGUGGUCCAGCAAGCCAUCAUACCUGCUCGGCCUUUCCUGGGCUGGCACCACCACCAACGGCUACACUAAGCUCUGCCUCACGUCCACCUGUGUUGUUGCUGCUGCCGUCGCCAACAUGGUUUCUCCAGAGUUCUGGCAGGAAAAGUAUAAGCCCCGAUGCUUCUUGCCAUGGGCAUGCAUGACUGCCUUUUGGUUCCUCUCUUCUGGCAUGUGUCUCAUGAUCCGUUUCUACCUUGCGCGGCAAAACAGGAUCCGGGCCAUGAAGCUGGGGCAGCGCGUCGUCGGGAGCACGAGAGACGCGCUCGACACCGGGGGCGGCAUUCUGAGGCUCAGCGACGAGGACCUGGACCAGACGGAUCGGCAAAAUCUUAAAUUCGUCUAUCCAAUCUGA